AUGUCUUCCACCGCAGCCCUCGGGACUCAAGACGAGAAAAUGAGUAGCCUGGGGCUGACUAAAACGAUAGUAAACAACGAGAAGGUCUGCUGCUACAGCCGUGAUCUAGGUGCCGUUUCGAAGAAGAAUCCCGUUCUCGUGCUCGUCCAUGGAUACCCUCAGUCGAGCUAUAUGUGGCGGCACUUCAUCCCCCUCCUCCCUUCCACCGCGCCUCUAUUUGUCCCCGACAUGCCCGGCUACGGUGCAAGUGCGCCGACCGAGAAGAUGGACAAGCUAACUGUCGGAAACGCCCUUAUGGACGCACUGAAGAGCGAAGUAUCAAAAGCACGCACUUCCAGUGAUGCCCAAGGUGACAUCCCAAUCGUAAUCAUCAGCCACGACCGCGGCGCCCGCGUUGCACACCGUCUCGCAGUCAGUGGUGUAGCGGGCGUAGACAUACGGGGCGUAUGUUUAAUCGACAUUGUCCCCACCUCAACCCAAUGGCAACACAACGCCUCCCCCACCACCGCCGCAAAAGAAGUAACCGGCUACUUCCACUGGCCCUUCCUCGCCAACGUCUCCCUAGCCACACGCAUGAUCACCGCCCUCGGCCCCUCAACCUUCUGCACAGAUAUGAUCCAGCGCUGGGCCGGCUCCGGUCUAUCAAACCUAACCGCCGACUCCGCGCUUCCCCUCUACGGCGCCCUGUUCGCGCAACCCCAUGUCCUGAAGGCGAGCUGCGAGGACUACGCCGCUGGCGCUACGGUCGAUCUCGAGAUGCAGGCUGCGGAUCAGGAGGCGGGUAGGAAGAUCAAGUGUCCGACGCUUUUGCUGUAUAGUUCGGGGGGGAUUGGGAGUCGGUUUGCGUUUCCGGAUGUGUGGCGCGAGUGGGUGGGUGAUGGGGUUGAGAUUGAGGAUAGGCCGUUGGGGGGCGGGGUGGGGCAUUUUGGCGCGGAGGAGGCGCCUGAGGAGAGUGCGGAGGUUGUUGGGGAGUGGUUGGCGAGGCUGGCUGGGGGUGCGGCGUGA